AUGUAUUCACAGUUCCAGACUAGCUACCAGCGCGUCGACGCAAGCCUACAGAGGCUCACCGAUUCCAUCGCGGCAUACAACCCAUCUACGACGGCCGCCGAGGAGCUUGUCGCAGCAGAUGAAGCCGUGAAUAAGGAUGUCGAGCAACGUACAGACUCUCCUUCAAUCAUACUCCCACGAGAGCUGCUAACUAAAUGCGUACAGUGGUCGAGCACCAGCAAAAUCACCUUCGCAUCCUCCAACUCCGCCGCACAGCCGUUUCUCUCGACGAGCAGAUCAAGAACACGCUCCGUCUUCUCGCGGACGUGCGCAAGGAAAUCUUGUCCAUUCCCGCCGUCGACACCGAUGGCAGUGACGCUCGACGGGAGGUGAAAGUAGACGAGCUGCUGUCAUAUGCGAAAUUCAUAUCGAAGACUACCGUCCCGCCCACGUUUCGCAAACCGCUUGAAUUGCCCACUCACUCAGCUGAGGCCCCUACACGACAGAUCGCGAACGGAAUCGCCACACCUCCGCAGGGCACAUCACAGCAAGAAGAUGGCAGCAAGGAAGGCACGAGAGCUGUGAAGGAGCUCGCGGAUACGGACAAGGCCUGGCUUUUACCGCAGAAUCUGCCGUUUGAUCCAUGGCCUAACGGAGAGGUCAUGCGAAUGGGUGCUCUUGGUAGGAUACAGAAGAUGCUAGAAGAUGGCGAGGAUCCUGCUAGUGUACUGAGCGAGGAGGAACGGAAGGACGAAGAGAGGAAGAGGAGGGAGCAGGAAGAACGGGAAGAGAGGGAGACGAGGAAGGCGAGAGAGGAGUGGGGAUACGGUGGCGGUGCGAAAAGAGGGACUGUGGCCGACGAGCCUUUUAAUCCGGAUGACUUCUAA